UAUAUUUUCAACUCAUCUUUGCUUUCACAUUUCGUCAAUCAAGCCAUUUAUUAUAAUAUUUUUGUUUGAAUGGAAAUGGGUUCUUUCACAUUCCUUUCUCAACAAGAAUUUUCUUAUAAUAAUAGCAGCUUCGAUUUCUCUGAGGAAAUGGAAAAUGGGUUCAAUGGGAACAACAAAAAAAUGAGUAGAAAAGUUAGUGAUGACUCUUUGGUCAAUGAAGAAAACAAUGGGUUUAAAGACUUAUUGAGUUUGUUAUUAGACGAGGGAGCAAAGCAAGAGCAAGAACAGCAUCAAUGGCUGACUGGCUUUGAAACUUUCUUUGAAGCUGAAGCAAAGAUUGAAGAAAUUAAUGGUUUUGAAAUGGAAGAAGAGUUGGGUAAUUCCAGAAAGAAGCGAGCUCGUAAAUCAGGUUCGAUCGCCGGUACUUCUUCGACGGUUUCAGCUACUUCCGAUAACGCCGGCGGUGGUUCGGGACAUCAACGGAGGUUAUGGGUGAAAUCACGAUCUAAAGAUUGGUGGGAGAAGUGUAAUCAUCCGGAUUUUCCCGAUGAGAAAUUCAAACGUGCGUUCCGAAUGAGUAAACACACGUUCGAUAUGGUUUGCGAGGAGCUUGAACCGGCGGUGAUGAAAAAAAACACCAUGCUCCGUGACGCUAUCCCGGUUCGUCAACGCGUUGCGGUUUGUAUUUGGCGGUUGGCCACCGGUGAACCGCUUCGAAUGGUGUCGAAACAGUUCGGGUUAGGGAUCUCAACCUGCCAUAAGCUUGUUCUGGAGGUUUGUGCCGCCAUUAAAACGGUUCUAAUGCCGAAAUACAUUCAAUGGCCCGAUGAAAACAAAAUAAAACAACUCAAACACGAAUUCGAGUCCAUCGCCGGAAUCCCAAACGUAUGCGGUUCAAUGUACACAACCCAUAUUCCGAUCAUCUCUCCGAAGACCAACGUCGCCGCCUAUUUCAACAAGAAACACACCGAAAGAUCCCAAAAAACAUCGUAUUCAAUCACUCUCCAAGGCAUCAUCGAUUCAACCGGCGUUUUCACGGACGUUUGCAUCGGUUGGCCAGGUUCAAUGUCCGAUGAACAAGUCCUUUCCAAUUCAGCGUUUCAUCAAAGAGCCACGAUGGGACAAUUGAAAGAUCUUUGGGUAGUUGGUGGCAAAAUGUAUCCAUUAAUGGAUUGGGUUUUAGUUCCUUACACACAUCAAAAUCUAACUUGGGCUCAACACGCUUUCAAUGAAAAGAUUUAUGAGAUUGAAAAACUGGGAAAAGAAGCGUUUGGAAGAUUGAAAGGGAGAUGGGCGAUUUUGCAGAAGAGAAUGGAUAUUAAACUUCAAGAAUUACCGGCGGUGCUCGGAGCUUGUUGCGUUUUGCAUAAUAUUUGUGAGAUGAGGCAGGAAGAAAUGGAGGGGGAGUUGAAAUUUGAGGUAUUUGAUGAUGAAGUAAUAGCUGAGAAUAAUUUGAGAUCCAUGGCUACUGCACAAGCUAGGGAUAGUAUUGCUCAUAAUUUGUUGCACCAUGGUGUUGGUGGUGCUCCUGGUUUUUUAUUAUAGUAUUAUUACUGAUUUUUUUUUGGGUAAGAAAAUAGUGUAUUAUUCAUUUAGAUAUUUUUUUGAUCAAUUCUUUUUUGCUAUUGCAAUAAAAGAUCAUUUUUAGAUUUA